AUGGCUUGGUUCACGGGUCGUUUCAUGGCCGGAGAAGUGGCGGCCGUCUUGUCUGCAUUCGCGCUUGGCUAUCUUCUCCAGAAUAGAUCCCACCAUGAGACUGUUGCAUCUCAACCGGUCCAGCACUAUGGAUAUGACAAGUCACGCUCCGUUCAAGGCAACAAGGAGGACAGGGACAAGCUUCCGAGCUGUCCUUAUGAGUAUCUCCUUGGCAUAUACGGGCGUCAUCACUUCGCCCCCUUUAUCAAGGCAUUCCGUCCCGCUUUGAAGGAGGAAGACCCCGAAAAGUACGCCUUGAUCCUCGACAUUAUGGAUGCUGUUCACUUCUGCCUCAUCCUGGUGGAUGACAUAUGCGACGACAGCUCCAAGCGCAAGAACCAAACAACGGCUCACUUGAUCUAUGGGUCGUGCGAAACGGCCAACAGAGCAUACUUUGUGCUCACAAAAAUGAUCAACAGGGCCAUGCGGGAACGACCUGUUCUCGGUGUGGAGCUGCUCAAGGCCCUGGAGCAGAUGCUCGAGGGCCAGGACCUGUCCUUGGUCUGGCGCCGGGAUGGGCUGGAGUCGUUUGGCUACUCGGAGGAGGAGAGGGUCCCCAUGUACAAACACAUGGCUCAGCUCAAGACAGGAACGCUCUUCGUCCUCCUUGGAAGGCUGCUGAACGAUGGCGGCGAUCAACUGGACGAUCUUUUCGUUCGGUUCGGGUAUGGACAGAUGCUCCCCGUCUCACUUGUUGCUCACCAAGCUAAUGGAUCACGUGGGGGUAGUUGGUAUGCGCAGCUGCAAAAUGAUUGCAAGAACAUAUAUUCCGACGAGUACGCAGUCAACAAAGGAGGCGUGGCAGAGGACCUUCGCAACGGCGAAUUGUCGUUUCCCAUUGUCAUUGCUCUCAACGACAAACAAACGCAGUCACGAGUGCAAGAGGCAUUCCGGAGCCACAACGAGGGCGAUAUUGAGAAAGCGCUCGCGGGGCUGCAGGCUCCGAGCGUCAAGAAGAAGUGCCUGGAGGCGCUUCAGGAUGCAGGCCAGGGCUUGGACAAGCUGGUGGCGGUCUGGGGACGUCAGGAGCACAUGAGCAAAGCGGCUUGA